CCGGGUGCAGCUCUGUCAAGAUCCAGUGCUCCCAAAGUGCCUCGGAGCGCGCGGGCACCGGCCAUGGCGCCGCGCGGCGCGAGGCUCGCGAGGCUCGCGGCGCUCGCGGCCUCGCCGCCGCUCGCCGCCGCGGGCGGCGGCUGGCUCUUCUCCUCGGAGACCGGUCGCCGCCUGCCCCGCCGGGGUCAAGGUGGUGGAGAACCUGGACAUGGAGAGGUACCCAGGCACGUGGUACGAGGUCGCGAGCCAGAACGUCGGACUGCUUUCAAGCUGCAGCUGUUCGCGUUACGAAUACAAGAUGACGGGCGCCGUCACCUUCGACGACCGUUUCACGUGCACGAAGGGUGGUAAGGCUGGUGGUCUCGAUCUGGUGCUGAAGGGCAGAAUUCCUGACGCUGGUACUCUGGCAAAGCAGGAAGAGAGCCCGCUUUACAGCUGGCUGCCGACAGCGCCGUACUGGGUGCUGGAAGUGGGCAAGGACUACGAAUACGCCGUGGUUUACGCAUGCGUCCCCGUCGUUGGCGAGUACAUUUACGUGUUCCAUCGCAACCCGCAGGCCUUGACCAACGGUCUGAUCGACCUCGAUGCGAUCAAAACCCGCCUGACCGCGCAAGGAAUCGAUGCCUCACAGGUGAAGGUGGUGCCUCAGCCGGCCAAUUGCUCCUACCCGGCCUCGGACACAUUCGUGGCGAAGGCGAUCGGUAGCGAUCCGAACAUCACCCUGGCAACUUUCGACGGAACUCCAGCGACGACUCACACGUGGCGGGAGAUGAACGACCCUGUGAUGGGCGGCAAGUCGGUGGGUACGACCUCGGUUGAAGGAGGCAUGCUCGUUUUCGAUGGGACGGUCGCCAUUGUGCCCUCUCUGAGCGCGCCAGGUUUCAUCACGUCUCAGGUUUCUGACGGCUUCUUCCACAGGGGGUUUCCCGACGUGUCGAGGUGCAAGGGUAUCAGUCUGAAUCUGAAGUCUGACACUGACUUCAAGGGCUAUCGCUUCUGCUUCGGCAUGAAGCAUGCCAAAGGAGGCAAGUUCUUCGCGUACGGCUUCAAAGCGCACUUUGAUGCUCCCGUCGGCGAGUUUGGCACUGUCGAAAUCCCUUUCGAUGAGUUCACGGACUUCUGGGACGACGCCACGGGCAACCCCAUCAAAACCUGCAAGGAGAGCCCAGAAAACUGCCCCGACGCCGCGACGCUGCACAGCAUGAGAACCAUGGCGUUCUGGGGCGAGGGUGUGGAGGGCAAGGUGCACUUGGAGGUCAAGAGCGUCAGCGCCUACGGGUGCGCGGGCUCGGCCGACGUGGUCGUCUGA